UACGCCUCCAUCCUACGGAACCUAAUGAUGAAUCGCCACCACCUACAUUAAAUUCCCCUGCCAUUCCCUCACCACCUCCAUCAAGCCCAACUGUGGCACCUCCUAUGAACCCGACUAAUGAUCAGCCUCCUCCACCAUCGUCGUCAUUUAGCCCCCCACCAAUAGCUCCAACUACUCAACCACCUCCCUCUAGCCCACCUGCUACACCUCCAACAGACUCAACUGAUGAGGAACCUCCUACAUCACCACCAGCAUCCAGUCCACCAGCAACUCUAUCAAGUCCUCCACCACCGUCAUCGAGUACACCACCGGCUCCAUCCAUCACCACACCACCUUUGGCUAGUCCCCCUGCUACACCUCCAACGUACCAAGCUAAUGACCAGUCCCCUCCACCUCCACCAUCAUAUAGUCCUCCGCCAUCAGCUUUAGCUAGUCCUCCACCACCAUCACCACUGAGUCCACCAGCAAUAGCACCAACCACUAGCGCACCUCCUCCAUCUACUCCCCCAUCGCCUAUGUCUAGUCCACCAGCAACACCUCCAACUGAUGAGCAAACUCCACCACCACCAUCAUCUAGUCCACCAGUAGCUCUAUCAAGUCCUCCACCACCAUCAUUGAGUACACCACCGUCUCCAUCCAUUGCCACACCACCUUUGUCUAGCCCCGCUGCUACACCUCCAACGUACCAAGGUGAUGACCAGUCCCCUCCACAUCCAACAUCAUACAGCCCGCCACCGUCAGCUUUAGCUAGUCCUCCUCCACCACCAUUGACUCCACCAGCAAUAGCCCCAACCACUAGCGCACCUCCUCCAUCUACUUACCCAUCGCCUAUGUCUAGUCCACCAGCAACACCUCCAACGGACUCAACUGAUGAGCAAACUCCAUCACCACCACCAUCUAGUCCACCAGUAGCUCUAUCAAGUCCUCCACCACCAUCAUCGAGUACACCACCGGCUCCAUCCAUUGCCACACCACCUUUGUCUAGUCCUCUUGCUACACCUCCAACGUACCAAGGUGAUGACCAGUCCCCUCCACAUCCACCAUCAUACAGUCCGCCACCAUCAGCUUUAGCUAGUCCUCCUCCACCACCAUUGAGUCCACCAGCAAUAGCCCCAACCACUAGUGCAUCCCCUCCAUCUAGUUACCCAUCGCCUAUGUCUAGCCCACCGGCAACACCUCCAACGGACUCAACCGAUGAGCAAAGUCCAUCACCACCACCAUCUAGUCCACCAGUAGCUCUAUCAAGUCCUCCACCACCAUCAUCGAGUACACCACCUGUUCCAUCCAUUGCCACACCACCUUUGUCUAGUCCCCCUGCUACACCUCCAGCAUACCAAGCUGAUGACCAAUCCCCUCCACCUCCACCAUCAUAUAGUCCGCCACCGACAGCUUUAGCUAGUCCUCCACCACCACCAUUGAGUCCACCAGCGAUAGCACCAACUACUAGCGUACCUCCUCCAUCUACUUCACCAUUGCCUAUGUCUAGUCCACCGGCAACACCUCCGACGUACCAAGUUAACCAACCACCACCGCCACCACAAUUUAGUCCCCCUGCCACACCUCCGACCUAUCAAGGUAAUGCCCCACCACCGGCAUCGGCACCAACACCACUUACUCCCUCAGCAACAGCACCGCCACCUGGUGCCCCUACUGGCAAUGGAUGGGUGCAAGUUCAGAACUUUCAUGACGCCCUAUACUGGCAAAUCGGGCGCUUUGUGGUGUUCAAGUUGGUAAACAAGAAGGACAACUCCCUUGUUGAUGUGCUAUAUGUGAGCAUGCAACCCGCUGGAAAGGGCAACAACUACUUUCUUGUGAUAAAAGUAGCAGAUGGAUAUAAGAAGGUCGGCAAGUAUCAUGUGCUCCUAUGGGGUGUGCCUGGGUCACCAGAUGAAGAAUGGAAAGUAUAUUGGCUCAAAUUUGUAGGAUACUAAGCACAUGGUGGAAACAAGAUUAUCCAGCUAUCGACCAUGCAUGGCAUUUCUAGGGAGAAGAUAUAUAGACAUUUUGUGGUCAACGUGCGCCUGCAUGGAUUAGUUGAUCUUUGUAGCUUUGAGGGGCUUGAUAUCCAACUAUAUGUUCUGAUUUCAGUGAUAAAUUUAUGUUUUGUUCUCAUUAAAAUUGCCUUAAAUUUACAAAAUAUGGCUGGAGAUAUAAUCAUAUAACUCAAAGCA